AUGCGCGCCGCCAGAUACUAUGGCAAGGAAGACGUUCGCAUAGAGGACAUCCCAAAGCCUGAGUGCGGCGAGGGCCAAGUUAGGAUCGCCCCAGCCUUCGUAGGCAUCUGCGGCACCGACCUUCACGAAUACCUCGGCGGUCCCACCUUCUGCCCCGUAUCCCCCCAUCCCGUAACCAAAGAAACCAUCCCCGUAACCCUGGGCCACGAGUUCUCGGGCGUGGUCGAAGAGGUCGGCCCCGACAUCAACUCCUUCAGCAUCGGCCAGCACGUCGUGGUCCAACCCACCAUCUCCUGCGGCACCUGCGGCGCCUGCAAAGCCGGCGUCGAAAACACCUGCCACAAUGGCGGCUUCGUCGGGCUGAGCGGCGGCGGCGGCGGCCUCAGCGACUCGCUCGUCGUGCCCGCAAGCUAUGUGCUGCCGCUGCCCGAGAACGUGCCGCUGGAUGUUGGUGCGCUGGUUGAGCCGCUGUCGGUCGCGUGGCAUGCGAUCUCGGCGGCACCGCUGGAUGAGAGUUCUACGGUGCUGGUGCUUGGGGGUGGGCCAAUCGGACUCGCGGUUGUGCAGUGUCUUGGGGCGAAGAAGGUCAAAAAGAUUAUAUUGAGCGAGGUCGCUCCGGCGAGGCAACAGUUCGCGAGGGAGUUUGGGGCACAUCAUGUGUUGGAUCCGAGGGAGAAUGAUUUGGUGGCUAUGACGAAGGAAUUGAGUGAUGAGAAUGGGGCGGAUGUGGUGUUUGAUUGCGCUGGCGUGCCUGCGAGUAUAACGACGGCAUGCCAAUCAGUCAAAUCCAGAGGGACGGUAGUAAACGUAGCGAUCUGGGAGAAGGCGGUUCCAUUCAAUCCAAACAUGCUCGUGUUCAGAGAAGCGAAGUUUACGGCUGUGUUGGGCUACCAAAGGAAGGACUUUGAAGCGGUGAUCGAGGCUCUGGGUUCAGUAGGACAGCUACAGCCGUCGCGCAUGAUCACGCGGAAGAUCCGACUUGAGGAUCUGGUCGAACAGGGCAUCUUGGCUUUGACAACGGCCAAGGACCAGGUGAAGAUACUUGUCGAUCUCGCGGCGUAG